CUCUAGUCGUCUAUAUUAAUUAAACGCGUUUAAACACACAAACGCUGGUCAACUCUUGUCAGGGCAAUUUUAAUUAAUUGCACAGAUCUCGCACAAGCGAAAGCAACAACACCAACAACAAAACACACAAAUUAUGGCUGCUUCAAUGAGGGCGCUGCUUAAAGUGCGAGAUGGCUUCGCGGCCAGCGUACGUUGUGGAUCGCAGUACAACAAGACGCGCGGCAAUCUGAAGCUGAACGGCGACUCGCGCGUCAUCUGCCAAGGCUUCACCGGCAAGCAGGGCACCUUCCACAGCCAGCAGGCGCUGGAAUACGGCACCAAACUGGUCGGUGGCAUUUCGCCCAAGAAGGGCGGCACUCAGCAUUUGGGUCUGCCCGUCUUUGCCUCUGUCGCGGAAGCCAAAAAGGCCACCGAUCCUCAUGCCACCGUCAUCUAUGUGCCACCACCCGGUGCCGCUGCUGCCAUUAUCGAGGCGCUAGACGCUGAGAUUCCAUUGAUUGUGUGCAUCACGGAAGGUGUGCCCCAGCAUGACAUGGUCAAGGUGAAGCAUGCGCUGAUUAGCCAAGGCAAAUCGCGUCUGGUGGGUCCCAACUGCCCCGGCAUCAUUGCACCCGAACAGUGCAAGAUCGGUAUUAUGCCCGGCCAUAUUCACAAGCGCGGCAAGAUUGGCGUUGUGUCGAGAUCUGGCACACUGACCUACGAGGCCGUGCACCAGACCACCGAGGUCGGCCUUGGCCAGACCCUGUGCGUGGGCAUUGGCGGUGAUCCGUUCAACGGCACAGAUUUCAUCGAUUGCCUCGAAGUGUUCCUUAAGGAUCCCGAAACCAAGGGCAUCAUUCUCAUUGGUGAGAUCGGUGGUGUUGCCGAGGAGAAGGCCGCCGAUUAUCUGACUGAGUUCAAUACGGGUAUCAAGGCCAAGCCUGUGGUGUCCUUCAUCGCUGGUGUUUCUGCGCCACCUGGUCGUCGUAUGGGUCACGCUGGUGCCAUCAUCUCUGGUGGUAAGGGCGGUGCCAACGAUAAGAUCGCUGCCCUGGAGAAGGCUGGUGUCAUUGUCACCAGAAGUCCAGCCAAAAUGGGCGACGAGCUGUUCAAGGAGAUGAAGCGCCUGGAGUUAGUUUAGAUAAAUUGCAAUUCAAUUGAACAAAUACAAAUUCGUGACAAAAAACAGACGUAUUUUAAAGUGUACGUCACCGAAGAGAAUUAUGCGAAGCAAGAAAAGAUUGAUUAACUAAUUAAGCAGAAAAGUGUCGCUGAAGAAUGUGAAGUAUACCAACCAUAAACCCAUAUAUGAAGUAUGUCGAAAAAUCCUAAAUAAAUUAUUGUGAAAUUCGCUAAAAUGAAACGAAACAAAAAACA